AUGAUUCAGAGUCAAGAAGCAUCAAAGGCAGACAAAAUCCAAGAACAUGAAGAAUUACAAAUGCUGUGUGAGUGUGUGAAAGCGACAGUGGGAAUAGAAAUUCCAAAGAUUGACGUGAGGUUUCAGAAUUUAUCAGUGGCAGGAGAUGCCUAUGUUGAGUCUAGAGCUUUUCCAACUCUCCUCAAUUCCACCAUGAAUGCUAUUGAGGGAAUCAUUGGAAUGGUUGGGCUUUCUCGAUCUAAGAAAAGGGUUAUCAAGAUACUUCACGAUACGAUUAUUUUUUUGUUUGUCAGGAUGACACUACUUCUUGGGCCACCUGGCUCCGGAAAGACGACAUUGCUAAAGGCACUCGCAGGGAAAUCUGAUGACAAUCUAAAGAUAUCUGGAAAAGUCACCUACUGUGGCAGAGAGUUUAAGGAAUUUGUUCCUCAGAGAACGAGUGCUUAUAUCAGCCAGCACGAUCUUCACUAUGGUGAAAUGACUGUUCGCGAGACAUUAGAUUUCUCGGGACGUUGCUUGGGAGUUGGAACGAGGUAUGAAAUGCUGGUAGAGUUGUCAAGACGAGAGAAAGAAGCAGGUAUUAAGCCCGACCCUGAGAUCGAUGCAUUCAUGAAAGCCACAGCUGUGUCUGGCCAAGAAACCAGUUUGAUUACAGAUUAUGUUCUCAAGAUACUUGGAUUGGAUAUUUGUGCUGAUAUUCUGGUGGGUAAUGACAUGAGAAGAGGCGUUUCUGGUGGACAAAAGAAGCGUGUCACUACCGGAGAAAUGUUGGUUGGACCAGCAAAAGCAUUUUUCAUGGAUGAAAUAUCGACAGGGCUGGACAGUUCCACCACUUUUCAGAUUGUUAAGUUCAUGAGGCAAAUGGUUCAUACAAUGGAUGUGACCAUGGUCAUCUCACUGUUGCAGCCAGCGCCUGAGACAUUUAAUCUCUUUGAUGACGUUAUUCUACUUUCAGAAGGCCAGAUUGUGUAUCAAGGUCCACGCGAGAAUGUUCUUGAGUUCUUUGAAUAUAUGGGAUUCAAAUGCCCUGAAAGGAAAGGAAUUGCAGAUUUUCUCCAAGAAGUAACUUCCAAGAAAGACCAAGAACAAUAUUGGUUCAAAAAGAACCAACCUUACAGAUAUGUCUCGGUGAAUGACUUUGCGCAGGCCUUCAACUCUUUCCACAUUGGGCAAAAGAUGUCUGAAGACCUUAGAAUUCCUUAUGACAAGUCCAAAGCCCAUCCUGCUGCGUUGGUGACAGAAAGUUAUGGCAUUUCCAAUCUGGAACUCUUCAAGGCAUGUUUCUCGAGGGAGUGGCUACUGAUGAAGCGCAACUCUUUCGUAUACAUAUUCAAAACUACUCAGAUAACAAUCAUGGCCACAAUUGCAAUGACAGUUUUCUUAAGAACAGAGAUGAAAACUGGAACAGUAGAAGGUGCUUCGAAGUAUUUGGGAGCAUUGUUUUUCAGUCUUAUUAAUAUAAUGUUCAAUGGGAUGGCGGAGCUUGCAAUGACAGUUUUCAGGCUUCCCGUGUUCUUUAAACAGAGGGAUAGCUUGUUUUUCCCUGCAUGGGCUUUUAGCUUGCCAAUUUGGCUCCUCCGAAUUCCCGUUUCAUUCAUGGAAUCUGCGAUAUGGAUCGUACUUACCUAUUACACAAUUGGGUUUGCACCAUCUUUUACUAGGUUUCUCAAACAGUUUCUGGCCUUCUUCAGUGUACAUCAGACGGCUCUCUCUCUCUUCCGCUUCACAGAGGAAUGCGAAGUCAUCUUGGCCGACUUGAAAAAGUACCUGAUAACAGCUCCAGUUCUGUCAAAUCCAGUACUUGGAGAGGAACUAUUCUUAUACUUGGUCGUUUCAGAGCACGCAGUGAGUGCAGUGAUAAUCAGAGAAGAGAAGGGAGAACAAAUGGCAGUGUACUAUGUGAAUAAAACCUUAGCAAGUACAGAGACCAUGUACUUACCCCUGGAAAAAUUAACAUUAGCCCUGGUAAUGGCUUCGAAGAAACUGAAUCACUACUUCCAAGCCCACAAGAUUAUGGUACUGACAGAGCAUCCUUUGAAGUCCCUGUUGCAGCAGGGAGAUCUAACAGCCCGGGUAGCCAAAUGGGCAGUAGUGUUAGGCCAAUAUGACUUAGAGUUUAGGCCCAAAGCAAUAAUUAAAGGUAAAGUUCUGGCCGAGUUCACCCCUAGUGCCAUUCCGCGUUGGACUCCUGUGAGCCGAGGUUUGGGAUGCCCAGCGAAGCAAGAAAAAACCCAACUGGGGCCCAAGAACCCGGCUCAAGCAAAACAGAAGAAAGAAGAAAAACCAAAGCCUUGUAACGUUUACAUUGGUGACUUCUUCCACCUCAGAUUUGAACCCAGUAACCAGCUCUUGGCCGUUUGCCCAGUGGGGCAUGGAUCUAGUUGGACAACUGUCCCAAGUAACUGGGCAAAGGAAGUUUCUGCUGGUAACAACUGA